CUUACUUUUUGUCAAAACCAGGUUACACUACUCUCUCACACUAACAAAGACCCCGCAACAUACCUAUAUAUUUAGAGAGAGAAACACAAAGAGAGAGAAAGUGUGUGUGUCUAUCUGUGUCUGUAGCUUUUGGGAAUCUUUCAAUCCUUUGAGAUCGUUCAUCAUUGAGAUUGUGAAAAACCCAGAAAAAAAAAGGAAAAAAAGAAGAAAAAAAAUCUGAUUUAUCUCUCUCUUUAGGCUAUUGGGUAUAUUAGUUUGAACCCAUUUGAGCAGAGAUUAAAGAAAAAGAUUGGAACUUGAAUGGAAGUUUCUAAUUUAUCAUGAAUCAAGGGAUUUGAUCAGCUUAUUCAUGCAAUACCCUUUAUUUAAUUGGUUGAUUUUGAUCGUGAAUCUGAUCAGAAAAUUUAUCUAAGAAUGAAGGGUGGCGGUGGUGGUGGCAGUGGCGGCGGCGAUAUAGGAAUGGGGUUGCCGCAGCCGCCGUUGGAUUGGAAGUUCUCUCAAGUAUUUGGGGAGAGAACUGCUGGUGAAGAGAUUCAAGAAGUUGAUAUUAUAUCAGCUAUUGAAUUUGACAAGACUGGGGACCAUCUUGCUACUGGAGAUCGUGGGGGUCGGGUUGUUUUGUUUGAGAGAACCGACAGAAAGGGUCAUGGUGGACCUAGAAGAGAUCUUGAGAAGAUGGAAUGUUCACCUAGUAGGCAUCCUGAGUUUCGCUAUCAGACUGAGUUUCAGAGCCAUGAACCAGAGUUUGACUACCUAAAGAGUUUAGAGAUUGAAGAGAAAAUUAAUAAGAUCAGAUGGUGUCAGAUGGCUAAUGGCGCACUAUUUCUUCUUUCCACUAAUGACAAAACCAUCAAAUUCUGGAAGGUCCAAGAGAAGAAAAUCAAGAAAGUGUGCAGUGUGAAUGUGGAUCCAUCAAAGAUUGAACGAAGUAGCUCUUCGACAGGUUCCAAAGGCAUUCCAAAUGGAGGAUUUAAUGUCAAACCAACCAAUUGUUUGAGCACUGACUUUUCGUUCCCGUCUGGAGGCGUUGCAUCACUACGCUUACCCACGGUAGUAACUAGUCAAGAAACAAGUCUUACGGCAAGUUGUAGAAGAGUAUAUGGUCAUGCCCACGACUAUCACAUCAAUUCUAUUUCAAAUAACAGUGAUGGAGAGACCUUUAUUUCGGCUGAUGACCUCCGCAUAAAUCUCUGGAACUUGGAAAUUAGCAGUCAAAGUUUCAAUAUUGUUGAUGUUAAGCCUGCAAACAUGGAGGAUCUAACUGAGGUGAUAACUUCAGCAGAAUUUCACCCUACCCACUGCAAUACGUUAGCCUAUAGUAGCUCAAAGGGUUCUAUCCGACUAAUUGACCUACGGCAGUCUGCUUUAUGCGAUAGUCAUAGCAAGCUGUUUGAGGUGCAUGAGACUCCUGGUUCAAGAUCCUUUUUCACUGAGAUAAUUGCCUCAAUUUCAGAUGUCAAAUUUGCAAAAGAUGGUAGAUACAUGCUCAGUCGUGACUAUAUGUCUCUGAAGCUAUGGGAUAUAAAUAUGGAUUCUGGGCCUGUUGCAACUUUCCAGGUUCACGAACAUUUGAGACCAAGGCUCUGUGAUUUGUAUGAAAAUGAUUCCAUUUUUGACAAAUUUGAGUGCUGUCUGAGUGGAGAUGGAUUGCGAGCCGCAACUGGUUCUUACAGCAAUUUGUUUCGUGUUUUUGGCUGCUCUUCGGGCAGCACAGAAGCCUCAACCUUGGAAGCCAGCAAAAACCCCAUGAGGAAGCAACUUCCAGCAAGUACAAACCAUAGACCCUCAAGAACUGGCACCUUUACACGUGGUGCGAGGCAAGGAUCGGAGAGUCCUGGAAGCGAUGCAAAUGGAAAUGCUUUUGAUUUCAACAUGAAGUUGCUUCAUUUAGCGUGGCACCCCACCGAAAACUCAAUUGCAUGUGCUGCUGCUAACAGCCUGUAUAUGUAUUAUGCCUAGAGAUAUUCUUGGAGCGCAAUGUGCUUCUGCAAAAUAAAGUUGUUCAUCUUGAACUAGAAGAUUUUUUAUGGUGAUCACGAACAAUCCCGGAAUGAAGAAUUCUAUAGAUUGCAGUAUGUUAGAAGCAGGAUUGCCCGAAAUGGUUUUCCUCUGCUGUUAGGUCAGAUGAAAAAGAAAAAGUUACAAGUUACAAGAAAGUUUUUUUAACAGUAGAUACGACAAGAAUGUCUCUUUUGGCAGUGAUGAUGCUUGUGGACAUGAGAUCGAACUUCAACUGCAGAUUUCGCUAUUAUGGAGCUCUUAAGGUUCAUCAAUACCAUCCGCCCUUUGUAUUAUUGUUAUUAUUGAAUUAUUAGCGCGUUUUAGGAUUUCUGCAAAAUGUUUUUUUACUGUUAUUAUAGUCAUUUUACCAGCUAACCAAUUCUUUUGUUAUGCCUUUUGUUCCUAAAUUUGCUGUUGUAUAAUGAUAUUAAAAGUACUACGAGUAACGUUUUUCUUUUCUAAACUUGUAGAGUUUGUGAUAAUUA